AUGUGUUGCCAAAAAGCUGUGAUUAAAAAAAAAAAUGCCCAAAUGCCCAAGAAAAUGCAGCAGGACUCGGCGGAGCCUACUACUCAGGCGUUGGAGAAAUAUGACCUAGAGAAGGCUGCUGCGGCCCUUGUUAAGGAGUUGGAUGAGAAGUACAGACCCAUCUGUCGCUGCAUCGUGGGAAGGAACUUCAGUAGUUCUGUGACACAUGAAACCAAACACUUCAUCUACUUUUACCUGGUCCAGGUGGCCAUUCGUUCUGUUUAA